AAUUUAAAAUUGGAUCUGGCAACACUGUUUCGUGGCGGGGCGCGUAAAGUUUUUGGUUGUCCUUUGUGGUGCUUGUAUUGUUCAAUUCCAAUUUGACAGGGGUAGUUGGGAUAUUUUAAGUUUUUCUUUCAAGUGUCAUCAUGCCAGCUGACGAACCCCCGCCCGACGAAACGUUCAAAGUCUUGGUGGCCACUGAUAUACACUUGGGAGUGUAUGAAAAAGACCCUGCCCGAGGUGAUGACAGCUUCAAUACCUUUGAGGAAAUACUCCAACUCGCCCGUGAACACGAUGUGGAUUUCAUACUUCUGGGUGGUGACUUGUUCCAUGAAACAAAGCCUUCUUCCUCCUGUAUGCAUCGAUGUAUGGCAUUGCUUCGUGAAUACUGCAUGGGAGACCGGCCCAUCUCUUUUAAUUUCCUGAGUGACCAUGAGAUGAUUUUUAAGGACUCCUCUCAAUCGGUUGUCAACUAUGAGGACCCCAACAUUAACGUGUCAAUUCCUGUUUUCUCUAUUCAUGGCAAUCAUGACGAUCCAACAGGUCAGGAUGCUAUUUGUACUCUUGAUAUCCUAAGCUGUGCUGGAUUGGUAAACUAUUUUGGGAAAAGUACAGAUCUGACUCAACUCAAUGUAAAUCCGGUACUUCUGCAGAAAGGUCCUUCCCGCUUAGCUUUGUAUGGAUUUGGUCAUGUUAAAGAUCCAAGACUCUACCGUUUGUUUCAAGAGGAAAAGGUAACUUUUUUCCAACCUGACGAGUUUCAAGAUGAGUGGUAUAAUAUAUGUGUUUUACAUCAAAAUAGAGUUGAAGGCAGAGGCAAAAAAUGCACAAUUCCUGAAGAGUUUUUGCCUAAGAUGUUGGAUCUCGUUAUAUGGGGUCAUGAACAUGACUGUCGAAUUGAAAUGGAGGAGAACAAGAAAAUGAAAUUUUUUGUUUCUCAACCUGGUAGUCCUGUGGCAACAUCUCUCUGUGAAGGAGAGGCAAUUCCUAAACACGUUGCCAUAUUGUAUGUUCAUGACAAGAAGUUUAGGAUGGACUACAAAAAGUUGAAAACUGUAAGACCAUUUGUCAUUGAAGACUUGGUUCUCUCAGAAUUUGAACUGAAUGACGUUCAAAAAGACAUAAGUGAACAGGUGGAGGAAGUGGUUCAUGAAAAAGUAAAUGAAAUGAUAAAAGAUGCAGAAAAACUGCGCACUGGACACCCUAAGCAGCCCAUACUUCCUUUGAUACGAUUACGGUUGUUUUUCACUGAUGAAAGUCAAAUGAUUAACACUAUUCGAUUUUGUCAACGAUUUGAGGAUAGGGUUGUGAACACAGGCGAUAUGAUUCUAAUGAAAAGACUCACACAUGAAUUCAAAGAGAAGAGAGAAGUACUUGAGAAGGAUGUUAUGAAUGGUGUUCUGAAAGAAGCUAAACACCAAAUUGAUCUUAAAGUUGAGGAUUAUGUCAAAGAUUAUUUCAAUAGAGUAGAUGAUGAUGACGCACUUCGGAUGAAUUUGCUGACUGUUAUUGGUCUUAAUGAGGCGGUAUCUGACAUGGUGGAUAAGAACCACAAUACUGCAUUGGCAGAAAUAGUGAAACAUCAGCAGAACCGUAUGGAGAAAUAUUUGUUGCAGAAGGAUGUCAAUCAGGAAAAUAUAGAAGAUUACAUGAGACGCUUUAUUCUUGAGAAGAAAGAAGGAGGAGAUGCAGAAAUGGAAGAGACACGAAAACAACUCAAGGAGCAUGAGCAAUCUUCUGCAACGAAUGGUACUAAAACAAAGGCCAAGCCCAAGGGGAAAGCCAAUGACACCGUUGAAGUCCUAGAAGAUGAGGACGAUGACAUUGAGGAAGAUGAUUUCGAACCUGAACCUGUUCGUGGGAGAGGAAGGGCGUCUCGUGCUCCGCGUGCUGCCAGAGCACCAAGGGCAGCAAGGGCACCAAGGGCUUCAAGGGCUGCCUCAACCACAGCAAGCAGUCGUGGACGUGGCAGAGCGACACCUCAGCGCACUAUUAUGGAUUCAUUUGCUACCCAGUCUAGUCAGAUAUCACUUGUGAGGACACAAACACGCACAAACAGAAGUCGUGUCCAAUAUGAUUCUGAUGAUUCUGAGUAAGGAGACGGAAGGAGAUGGAAGGAAUUUGAAGUUUUGGCCAUCCACUAAGGUGCAGUAGUAGAACAACAAUUUAAAAAUCAUUUUAAAAAUCAUGUUUCUUUGUACUUUUUUUCUUUUGUCCUGUCUUAAUUUUUUCAAACUUUUGAUACCUUGUACUAAUUUUUAAAAUGUUCGCAAAGGAAUAGUUUGACUUUUAACAGGGUCUUUAUACGAAUAAAACAAAUCUCAGAAA